AUGUCCUCAAUGGACGAGAGAAGCGACCAAGGUCGCGAUGGUGAAGAGAGAAGGCGAUCGCCUUCCGAAUCCGGCCAAAGCCACGUUGAAGAGGUUAGUUUUCGUUCUGACUGCAGUAUUUUCGAGUUGAAAGAACGACCAGAAUCCAUUACUCAGUGAAAAAGAUGCAGAUAUCUUGAAAACGAAAGGCUUACUGUAUCUAGAGACCCUAUUUUUUAGAGAAAAUUAAAGGGUUAGCCGGAUUUCCUAAUGGAUUGAGGGAAGACGAGCGACGCGACAAAUUUUCUGAACUUACAAAAAAAGUAAGUGCGCGCUCCGGAUAAAAUGACGUCGUUCUACGUCACAAAUUACAUGAGUAUUCAAGGUUAAUAACUUGUUCGAUCGCUUGAGUUUUUGGGAACGCCGUGUUAGGGCAUCUUUGAAUAUCAUCGAAGGAGAAAUAUCAAAAUGCACAAAAAAAUUUUUUUUUACAGGCACCAACCAGCCACCGCAUGGUUCUGGGACAAGAUGGGGCUCAAGAAGUAAAUUUUUUCAAUUUUUAAAAAUAUUAACCCAUAGCUUUUUUUAGAAAAAUGGACUUUUUGAUGAAAGUUGGCUGAAAUGAACUUCAGGCAUACAUGGGAUAAGCAUGACUGGGGACGCCUCCCCCUGAAUCCAAAAAAAGCUUUUUUUGUUCCGAUCACUUCUAACUAAGGAAAAAAAAUCGGCUCUUUACAAAAAUUAAUGUUUGAUUUGUUUUUUUAUAAGAUGGACUAGCACCGUCCGGCGCGCAUCCUGAAAAAUAUUUUUUUACGGUUUUCGCCAACCCCCCUUUCUCGUUUUUUUCGCCAAGCCCCCCCUUCCUUUUUUUCAGGUCCUUCCGAGACUAACCCAUGUAUGACUUCAGGGCAUCUUAAUUUCAGAAAAAAAACUAAAAAUUUCCGAAUUGUCUGCAAAUAUCUCUAAUAAGGCUUUUUCAUUUGGGUAUUUUGCGAGUUUCGAAAGCUCGCGAAGAAAAAUCUAUUGCGCGAAAUUGUUCUUGUUUUGGAAUCAGGUGGUCUUGAAGUCAGCCAAGUUUCAUCAAUAGUUCAGCCGGAGAGGGACAAAAAAGUUGGCUUAUUAGUAUUUUAAACAGGAUGGAUUACAGUAUAUAUAUAUAUAUAUUGUUUAAUGAUCUCACUAAUUUGGCUUCAUUCCAGCUCAUUGACUUCUUGACCCGCAACCGCACGGCCCGCGGCGAGGCGACGCCACUCUACCAAGUGGCGGUCAACACAGAUGAAAGGGGCGUGGCUGUGAGUUAUUUUGCAACUUCUUUUCGAAUUUUCUCUCAAGCCUUUUUUAUGACUUUUCUGAUGGGUGACUCAAUAUUCGUUUUCGGACGAAGUCGGAAUGGUAGAGAAUGGUCGCUAAAAGGUGGCAGGCUCAAAAAAGGUUGCAGAAAGGUAGCAAAAAGAGUCCUUUUAACGAGCCUUCCAUUUUUUCUGGGAUUUUUAAGGCUCAAUAAAUGGUGGAAAAAGGGAGAGGCAGCAAAAAUGGUGCAUAAAAGCCGAAAAAAUGGCGCAAAAAUUGUAGCAAAAAAGGAACAUUUCUAUAGAGCCUUUUCCUAUCAUUCCGACUUUGCCUAUGUUUACAAAUUUUUGAAAAGGAAGAAAAAAAUUUUCUAUUUUUUCUACAUGAAAAUGCUAAUACUUUUUUGAAAAAGUUUGUUCGAGAAUCACCUUUAAUCUAAAUUUUGGGUUCUAAAACACUCAACCUUUUCAAAACUGAACCGAUUCGCACAACAUCGUAAAAAAAGGAGAGUUUCGGUCUCAAUUGCCAUUUUAUCGGGCUCCGUAGGACAUCGAUCAUGUCAAAUCAAUGAUAAUUUGAAAAAUUCACAACCAAUAACAGCCCUACAAACCUCGCAAAAUAGGACAAAAUCAGAUUAAAAAAAAAAGAAAAUUUUUCGUUUACAGCACAUCGAGCUCACCCUUUCCGCCGCCGUCACAAGCCCAGAGGUCCGUUUUCUUUUUUUUUUUUUCUUCAAAUAAUUCUGAAUUUUACCUUAAUAACAAAAAUUAUCGAGCCUUCUGGAACCGAUAGAAUGGAAAUUAAUUAGGAAGAUCUCGACAUAGUUUUCUGUACUGAAGAAAUAUAAUAGCCGGUCAAAUAGCGCUUCAAAAAAAUCUCUCAAAAAGCGCCAUUUAAUUCUUCCAGCCUGAAAAAAAAAAAAGAAUAUCAGUUUCCUCGUGGAUUCGAAAUUUUAAAAGCUUUUUUUCUUUUGAAAUUCUCUUCCAAACUCAUUUUUUUAACCUCUUCUUCUCAUUUGAGAUUGAAUCACCAGACAAGAAAAAAAUAUCCAAAAAGUAUUAAAAUUUCAAUUACCCUGAACAAAAAAAUGAGACAAAAUAAAAGAAAUUAAAUUAACUUUAUUUAUGUGUCUAUAUUUCAGGAUCUCGUGGUGGAAAUCCCAAGAGGGGACGAGGUUUUGGAGGAGGAAGAAGAAGGAGAAGAGUCCAGAACACCGGCCCUUUCUUCUCCUCAAGCUGAACAAGUUAGUUUCUCUUUGGUCCGAUUUCAAUGAAGCACUGGAAGAAAUUCACUAUGUACAGAUUUCCACUAAAAUCCACCAACAAGUCAAAUUUACAGGUAGCGGCCAACUCGGGUUUCCAUGUGACCUCGAGGAAGCGGUAUGCAUCGCAGAGCCGUUCGGCGAUUCCCCCCAAGGUUUUUUUUUGGAUAACAAAAUUAUUCAUUUUCCAAGCUUCGUGUGUCAAAAGUUAUCGACUUUAUCAGAAAUUAGAGCAUAGACAAAAUCGGAAAGAGUGGAUAAAGGGUCCAUAAAAUGUUUCCUUUUAGGGUGAGAAAGGUGCAUAAAUAGGUCAAUUUCUCGCAGUUCAAAACAUAAUGUAAAUAAAAGUAUUACUGUGGAAAUAAUUGAAAUUCAGAGAUAUCUGCCCGGUCCUCAAGGAGUUGCCUCCAAACGAGAGGGCGGAGUAAUGGAAGAGCCCGUUGUCAAAUGGCACUGUUCCGACGUUCGUGAUUUUUUUUUUACUUACUUUCAAGAUAUUUCAUCGAUAAUCUUGUUAGAACAGAUCAGAGUCCACUCUUUAACCAAAAUUAUUAAGAAACUGGGGAAUCAUUCGGUGAAGGUUUAAUGAUCAAUAAAAAAUUGAUAAUUAUGCUCCAAUGAGAAAUGGAAAAUCCGUGAAAAGUAUCGAUAGAACCCGCUGGAAUCGCUUCGGUUCAUGGCAACUUAGUCUUCGGGAGGAUCGAAAUAAAAAUUGCGUUGAAAAAAACGGAAAAGAAAUUGAACAAAAUGAAUGUUUCACUACCCGAUUCGAAAUUUGAAAAGAUAUUGCGAAAACAAACUUUGUGUAACAUAAUCUUUUUGUUUUAGCACGACUUCAAAUAUCAAAAUGACUAAAAAAACUAUGAAACAUUGAUUUUCUACAUUUCUAUUGAAAAACCAAACUUCAAAGAAAAAAACAAGUGUAAAAAAACUAACCUUCACUCUUUUUUUCCUUUCUAGCUCAUUCUAUUCUCGCAUCGUGCUAGUCCUGAAGAAUAAAUCAAUGAUUAGGAAACAACUACAAAGAAUAACUUACGCCUUUGCAUCCGAUGAGUUUGAAUUUUGAUUUUUGUAAAUUUUGAAAAGCGCAGAAGAUACGUAAAAGUGCGCCCAAUACACGCGCUCACGCGCAGAAAAAGCUGGCUUUAAAAAAAAAUUUUCACACAGAAAAGACUUAAAUAAAAAUAAUGAACGUUAUAAUAAACUUUGCAAAAAAAGGAUUUUUCAUAUUUUCAGUUGUAUUUUUAGACCCUAAGCCUUUCAAAUCUAUCAAGAAUCAGGGAAAAAUAUAAAAAUCAUCUUUUUCAAUGUGCCAAAUUGACUGAUUUUGAGAAGAUAUCAGUGUCCUCAAUAUAUUCAACUUUGAAACUCAAGAUAAUUAGAAAAAAUGGAAGAAAAAAUUUGCAGUUAAACCUCAAAAAUUCGUCUGUGAACUGUUUUUUUUCAAAUAAAGUAAAACUUUACAGUAAGAUGAUUAAUAAAAAACCUUGAAAAAAAUUUGAUCUUGAGAUCUUCUAGAGUAUUUAAAAAAUUCUUAUUUGGCAGAAAAUCUGAAAAAUUAAGAAAAUUUACAUGAGAACUUGGCGAAGCAGAGGCGAGCCUUUGUAGACUCAUUUUUCAAACGGUUUGAUUCAGGCUGAUGAGCCCGAAGAAGAAGUCAAAGUGCCUCGUUUGGACCGCGAUGGUCAGGAAGAAGCACCCCGAAGGGCCCUUGGAGAAGGAGAAGUUGAAGCGCCAGUCCAAGAAGAAGAAGGCGAUGAGCCACAAGAGGAAGGAGAAGAAGGAGGAGAAGCGGACCGGAGGGAACUCACAGUUGAAGAAGAAGAGCCUGAAACGGCCUAUCAAGAGGAGGAAGGCGAUGAGCCCGGAGAAGAAGGAGAAGACGUGCAAGAAGGCUCUCAAGAAGGAGAAGAUAUGAUGGCCGCUGUUGAGAAUGCCGGAGGGGAAGCUCGCUCUGACAGCUCCUCGUCCUUGUCAACGCUGUCUCCACCGGUAAUUUCUUCCUCACUAGUAUAUAAAUCAAAUAUUGAUCUCAUUUGGCUGUGAAGUACAACCCGUUUCACUCAAACAUCAAAAAAAAAAUCCGGAAUGUUUUACUUUUUUUAGGAACUCCAGAACGGACCCUAUAGGGGCAACCUUAGGGGUCCUUGGAGGGUCCUCUCUAGGGAUCACUUUACCAAUCCCUAGAGGAGCCACUAAAGAUCGAAAAAGUGGUCCCUAUAGAGGACUUGCUAGUCAAUAGUCGUUAUGAGCCCUAGGUGAAGAAGCAUUCCCAUGUAAAAAAAUUGAAAAACCUCUAUAGGGUCCACUUGAGCUUUAGGGGCUAAGGGGUCAAAGCCUAAAACCCUAUAGGGACCACUUUUUCGGCCCCAAUAGUGGUUUUUUUCCUCUAACCCCUAUAGCGAACACUUUUUCGGUUUCUGUAGAAAAUGAAUAUAUGCUUUUCAGAGCGCGUGGAGCGAAGAUCUCGAGUAUGCAAAUGCCCUCUUCGAGAUUGAGGCCGAAGAAGAGUUUCCGGACUCGGUUAGUCUUCUGCUUUCUUUUUGGCUUUUUUGGUUCCUUUUCCUCAAGUUUUCUCUCUUCUGACACCUGAACCUUUCUGAAUGCAUUAAUUAAAAAAUCGGUUUUUAUACGAAAUUAAGCUGAAGAUUGAGCUACGAUUUUGAAGGUUUCAAGAAUCUUGAGAAGAUGCUUAAAAUGUCCAGCUCUAGGGAAAUAAAAAAAACGCGGCAUGUGCGAGUGUGCCGCAGUGCAUGCACACGAAACACUACACUUUACGGAAAAUGCGGGCGGGGCGUCGUCAAAAAAAAAAAACCCCGUGAAAUAAAAACUAGAAAUUGGUAGGGACUGUGAGGGAUCUUCAUCUAAACAUUCAGAUAGCUUUUUGAGCAAUUUUGAAGGAAACCCCAAACCACAGAGUAAAAUUACUUCCCGUGUAAGAUAUAUCUUUUAGAAAAUAGGAAACAAGGGAAAAAAACCGAUGAAAGUCAGUUUCACUAGAGAGUGAGGGAAUCUUUUCAAAUAAAAUUCGAUUCAGGAGCCCUCGUCCGACUCAUUCUUCUUGAAUGAAGAGCAGCUGAGGGCGUUCGCCGACGCCGCAGCCGAACGUGCUGAGCGGGCCGCCAAUGUGGCACAAGACGCCGCAAACGCUCAAGAAGUCCCGGUUGAGGUUUGUCUUCGAAUGUCUCUUCUACUCCUUUUUGGCUUCAUGGAAUGUCCAUUUUUUUAGAUAUUGAAGACAAAUUAUUGUAAUAUGAAUAAAUCGUGAAAAAAUUAAAAAAACUUCAGGCCUAUUUUUCUGUAAAAUUUCGUCUUCAUAAAAAAACUAGCAAGGUAAUUUCAAUUGUCGGCUGGAAAUUUCCUGAAAGUUGGUCAGAACCCCGAUAAAGGUCUUGAAAAUCUCAAAAUGCACACGUUUCUGUUUUUCGGUAAAAAAAAGAUAUCCUUGAAAUCCGUUGAAAUUGGUCAUUCUGAGCCCCAGUUCCUCGAAAUCAAGAAAGUUGUCUUGGUUGAAACUUUCAGAACUCCCUUACAGUAUAUCAAGCCAUUUUUCAGAAUAUUCUCAAAAAAAAAGACCUUCCUUGUAAGAUAGAACCUUUUCGAAAGGCAAAAUCGAUCCUUUUUUGGGAUUAUAAAAAGUUAAAAAAGGUAAAAGCUCAGCUUUUGAGAAAAUAAGCUUCAUUUUUUUGAACCCAACUUUCGAAUUAAGUUGAACCGGGUUUGAAAUGGAGGCCUACGAUUUUUCAUGGUAAAUUUUAAGGAGGCUGAAGAGACCGGCCAGGACGGAAGUGAAAGGCCUGAGGCCGACAACGACGCCGAAGUCGUCGAAGAAGAGCUGGAAGAGCUGGAGGCUCCGGAGGACGAAGACCAGCCAGCCGUCCCGGCAGUAGCCGCAGUCGGGCCGCCACCAAGUCCGGCGCCCGCUGCAGCGGCUCAGGCCCAAGCUGGAGCAGCCCCAGCGCCACCACCAUCGGCUGCUGCUCCAGCUCCGGGGCCAAUGGCUCGUCGUGGACCGCGCCAAGUAAUUCUUUUCGCCAUAUCUCUAACGAUCCCUAGCAUUAGAAAUCAGGUUUCUUUUCUUAAAUAUAAGCUACAAAAAAUUACGAAGUGCUCCUUCUAGUCAUACUAGCUUCAGAAAAAAGAAUUUCAAACGCUUUUUACGCAAUGCAAUGGGUAGGUGUCCGUAGAGCACGCUUUUGAAGAAAACUUCCGCUGUUAAGUGUAUGAUCUUAACUUGCAUCUUGAAAUGAGCUCCGAAGAUUUCUCGAUUUUUUCGUUUUAAGAUCAAGUUGAGUAAACGAACUGUUUCAGCCCCGCGCCCGCGUCCAUGGCCCGGCUCAAAGAGCGUCUCGGCGGGUUCUCCACCUCCCCGUCCCUGCACGAGUCGGCCAGCAGCUCCCGGUCCUGCAGGGGAGGACGCCGGCUGAGAUGCUCGCCGACGUCCGGGCGGAGCUCCUCAGGCGACUCGCCGGUGGAAUGGAUGGCGAGCAGCUCCAGCUCACCGAGCGACUGGGCUAUGCCAUCCAGACCCUGAAGAACAUGGUCGCCGGCCGACCCUACACACCGGCGCAGAUGGAGCGACUCAGAAAGAAGAUCCAGCUUGGAUAUUGA